CGGUUCAACAAUAACAUGAGGUUGUGACAUAUUGGAUAAAUUGUGUUUAAACGUAUUUGCCUAAGUUGAGACAAACAUGACCACAAUAACUGACAGUACAUCAGUUCAAGCAGUUGGUAACAUUUUGACAGACAAAUCACAGCCUCUAAAGGACAGAUUUCGAGCUUUAUUCACUUUACGUAACUUGGGAGGCGAGAAAGCCAUUGACUAUAUUUCCCAAUGUUUUGAUGAUACAUCUGCGCUAUUGAAACAUGAACUGGCAUAUUGCCUUGGUCAAAUGCAGGAUAAAUAUGCCCUGGAUACGUUGUCUCGUGUUUUAGCGGAUUGUUCCCAAGAACCCAUGGUUCGUCAUGAAGCAGGUGAAGCUUUGGGGGCCAUUGGAGCACAGGAGUCAGUCAAUAUCCUUAAGGAAUAUCUGAAUGAUCCUGUUAUAGAGGUAGCUGAAACCUGCCAACUAGCUCUCCAGAGAUUGAACUGGUUAAAAAGCCAAGAGGAGGAGAAUGACUUGCUACCUAACCCCUACAAAUCUGUGGACCCUGCCCCCUCAACUAGUAAAAUGGAUGUGGAAGAUCUGGAGAAAAUCUUACUGGAUGACACACUGCCUCUCUUCCAGAGGUACAGAGCCAUGUUUUCACUGAGAAAUCUAGGCACAACAGAAGCUGUAAAAGCACUGGCAAAAGGUCUGAAGUGUUCCAGUGCUCUGUUCCGCCAUGAGAUUGCCUAUGUUCUUGGUCAGAUUCAGAGUGAUGCCUGUGUGGAUGAACUCAAGUGUAACCUCCAGGAUAAGGAGGAAAACCCCAUGGUGAGGCAUGAAUGUGCUGAGGCUCUAGGCUCCAUCGCUACCCCAGAAUGCACCAGGAUUCUGGAGAACUAUUUGAAGGAUGAGGAGAGAGUGGUCAAAGAAAGCUGCAUUGUGGCACUGGAUAUAAGUGAAUAUGAAAACAGUGCUCAGUUUCAGUACGCUGAUGGUCUGGCAAAGACGAACAAUGUAGCAAGUUAACAAAUAAUAAAGUAUAUCUUGGAUUUUA